AUGGCACCAAAACCAACGUUCAGCACUUCAAUACAGCCCCCACCAGGACCCAACGCAAAGCUAGUCCUCCCAUCCAAAACUAGCAACACCAACCCCACUAUCUUCAACGAUGCAAUGAUAAUCCGAAAGUCCGUCUUUAUUGACGAGCAGCACUGCAGCGCGGACUCCGAGAUCGACACUGACGAUUGCCGCAGCUGGCACUGGGUCCUCUACGACAACUCCACCGCGACAUCCACGCCGGUGGGGGUGAUCCGCCUGGUGCCCCCGCCGCAGACGCCUCAUGCUCAUCUCACGGAACCACCGGCGGCAGUUGCGCAGGGAGGCCCCGAAUAUGACUGGGCGCACGAGCCCUGUAUCAAGCUGACGCGGGUGGCGAUCAUGCCGUCGUCCCGGGGCCUCGGACUUGGGCGACGAUUGGUGGAGACGGCGCUGGAGUGGGCGGCUGUGCACGCGGCAGAUAUAGACGAGGCUGCGGCACAGGUCGCUGCGAGGGGGAACUCACCUGUUACUCCGGCUCCGUGGCGGGGUUUGGUUCUUGUUCAUGCUCAGGUGGAUGUUGAGGGGAUGUAUGCUGGGCUUGGAUUUGAGACGGAUCAAUCGCUGGGUCGGUGGGAUGAGGAAGGUAUUGAGCAUGUGGGUAUGUUCCGGCGAGUGACUUUGCAUAAAUAA